UUUGUUAUGGCGGUCGAUUUGACUCCUCGCUUUAGAAGGUUAAACAGCCAAACGAGAAGUUUUCGUGAAAAUAUUCAGCAUGAUUUCUCCAGGCCUUUUGGAGCCACCCAGCUGUGGCACAACAUCAUCAAGGCCCUGCAGACCCAGGUGGAGGUGCGUCCCUACAGGAGGCACCUCCGUGUUCACGCUGACUGUUUCACGGGGUCGGAYGCCGUGGACGCAGUUCUCAGUUAUUUGAUGCAGAACGCGGUGCUCUGCACGAGUGAGGUGUCCCGCCUGAAAGCCGCUCGCCUCUGCCAGGCUCUGAUGGAGGCCAAGGUGUUUGAGCCGGUGGGCACGAAGCUGUUUCGCAGGGACAAGGAGGUCGCCUUUGAGGACAACAGCGGCAGCCUUUACCGCUUUCUGGAACACGAAGGGGUGAACAGUCUUGCYAUGAAAGUGGACAGCAGUGGCACGGAAAACACGCCGCCAAAUAAUUUUGGCACAAAACGGAAAAAGAGCUCCAGGGUGAAUGAAAUGAGGACAAUCGCGAACCCACUUGCUGUUGGAUCAUCAGACAGGAGGGUCGAAAGGCUUCUGAGGACGAUCAACCUGCAAACCUCCUUUUUUCCUGCUCUGAACACAACACCCUCAACCUCCAGCUUCCUGUCUAAAGCUGUGGUGGAUGAAGUCUGGAAGCAGCAGACAUUGUUGCAGCUGCUGCAGAUAAUAGAGUUACCCGUUUUGGACGGCGUGCUCGCCUCUCCUGAACGAGUUCAGCCUCGGACUUGCAUAGCUUCUCUGGCCAACGUGGACCUGGUUAUCUCCAACACAUGCCUGGAAAGAGAGCUGCCGGAAUCACUCAGCCUACUCCGGCUGGAUGCAUGGCUGUCAGCAGCUGCAGACUGCUUGGAGCUGUUUCCGGACCAGUUGAUCAUGAUMGCAGGGGAGCAGCUCAGUCAACAAAAUGGCGAUUUUAAUGCAGAGCACAUGGACAUCCAGAAGAGACUGCUUUUUGACACYAUUGCCAAAUACUACAGUGGGAAGGAAAAGACUCCGAUUAUACCAGGGCGCUACCUGGAUAUACACGUUGCGGUUCUUAAUUUACUGGAUGAAGGCAAAACACAGCAUGCCUUUCGAGCAGCUCAGCUGUGUUUGCGGCUGCUGGAGACGAGUAGAAGAGACGAGCUGCGACGAUUGCUGGCCUUCAUGGCCUCAGCAGCUCGGUCGGACGCCUGCCGACUCCAAAAGCAGACUGAUAACAGAACCUCGGUCUGUCGCACGUUCCAGAGAGCUCUUGUUCAGAAUCCUGAGCUCACUCGGUCCCAGAGUGAGACGCUGGUGCUCUUUCUCAUGGACAAUUACUCUGAGCUCUUCAAGACUCCUACAGCUCUUGUWGAAGCCGUGAGAAGAACACUGAGGACUCUGCAGCAGGGCAAAGACCCAGAUUUUGUUGCAUCCUUCACCUUCUGCCAGCAGUCGACUCCACAGGAGUACGAAGAUCAGCGCGACGCCGCCACCUGUGAGGGGCUCCGACAGCUCCUCCGUGAGAUUUCAGCCGACAAGAGCAUGCCUGUCAAAGAGAGGAGGAAGCUCCUCAAAGAGUUUGAGAGACAUCACCCCGUCGUGUUCCUCCAGCACAUUUCCAGCACGUUCUGACAGCCGCAGUGGAUUUGCGGGAUCGUUUUAAAUUCUGUGAGCAGCUCCAGAAAGAGAGGACAAACAGGAAAACCUCACUUAUGUAGCAAAAAUUGGAAUACCAGCACACAGCUAAUGUUUAGUAUAUAGAAUAGGAAUGAAAAAAAAUGUGUUAAUUUGUUCGUAACUUAUAUUCAGAGAAGCAGCUAUAGAUAAAAUCUGAAAUUGAGGAAUGAUGACCUAAAAAUGGAAAAACUUGAAAAAAGUGACAAUUGAUGUUGUUUAUAUCUAUAUUGAAGUAAUUUCAAAAGGGACUACUUAAAUGAAACUUGAAGUUGCAGUUUGGCUGCAGCAUUAAUUGAAUAGUUUUAAUAUUUUUCCCUAUAUUGGAAAUGCUGAUUUUGUAUGCACCUAAUGUUUUAUUUUUAUGAUUAUUAUAGUACUACUUUAAUCAGUACAGUCUAAUGAGGCAAUAAUUUUUCUGCAUAUCAAAUGAGGAAAAGUCAUUAUGUAAAUGAAGAUCUUGUGUUAUGGUACCAUGUUAAAAAAAACACUGGUUAAAAAUGGAAUCUCUAAUGUUGAUGUUUGUUGCAUGAAUCACAUUAGACUCGUAAAGUGAAAUGGUACAUUAGAGCGUUAAUAAUAGCUCAGGGCAACAUGUUUUUGCAUGUUUUCAAUAUAUUUACUUAGUAAAUCAAAUAAUUUAAAAGUUGCUUGAAAUGUAGACUUUAUAGCUUAAUUGAAAAUAUAAUUAUGAUGUGGUGUGUUUUAUGCUACUAAUGUAAUUUUUGGUCAAAUACAACACUUGGACUUUUUCUUAUUUAAUGAAGCUACUAUACUCCAAUAAUUUGAUACCGAUUCUAGAUUUUAUCUUUUUUUUUUUGUUGUUUUUAAACAUUAAAAUAAGAUUAAAAUGCACUUUAUGAUGUUGAAACAUGAAACAAUACAUUCAAUGAAAGUUCUGUCAAACAAAAUAUAUAUAUUUUUGUGCUYGUUUAUUUAAUAAUUUGAGUUCUAAAUGUAUCAUUUGACUGAUGGGGAGCUCUCAAUAAAUGCAUUAA